AUGCUUUUAUCAAAGAUCCGCAACGCGCCUCCUCCGAAAGCAAACAAACUGGCAAGUUUCAUUAGCUUUGGAGUACUUGUUCAGCAACUUUCUGAUCAUUUAGAAGCGACUGGGCUAAUUGCUCAUCUGGUGAACCCGAUUCUCAUCCAAGAGUUGACCGAUAAGUUGCCCGCAGGAACGCAGAUGGAAUGGGUGCGGUAUCGUAGGAAGUCGGCAAUCGUCACGCUUAGCACAUUGUCAGAUUUCCUGUCCCGUAUUGUGAAGGAUGCAAGCGAGGUCACGUCGAUGGGAGAAUCGUCUCGGUUCAAGGAACUGAGACCAGAGAAGGGAAGAUCGAAGCGGGAACAAGAAAGAUUUGUGUACGCUCACGGUGGGGCAGAGCAGAAAGUGCCACCAUCGAAGGAAAGGGCACCGUGUAGGAUUUGCGGAAAAGUAGAUCACCGGAUCAGGAAUUGCGACAGAUUUCGCAAACUUCGACUAGCUGAUCGUUGGGCGGCUGUGGGACAGUGGAAUUUAUGUCAACUGUGCUUGAAUGAACACGGAAAUUUCCCGUGCAAGCUGAAAUUCCGUUGCAACGUCAAAGGCUGCAAUGAACGGCACAAUCCACUUCUCCAUCCGGAGCGAUCAGCGAAUUGCAAUAUUCACACCAUUAUCCCGAAGACAUCUAUAAUCUUCCGCAUGAUGCCGGUCACGAUGUACUGCGGAAAUACCGUCGUGAACACGAUCGCAUUUCUGGACGAGGGGUCCUCUUACACACUGGUGGAAAAGUCACUAGUUACCAGAUUGGGAGUACUUGGAUCGAUUCAACCACUACGAGUGACAUGGACAGCCGGAGUAUCCCGGGUCGAGAAAGACUCACAGAGAGUGGAUCUGAUCAUCUCCGCCCUAGGAUCAUCGCAGCGAUUCAACAUAAAGAGUGCGCACACUGUAGAGAGCCUGAAACUGCCGCAGCAUUCCCUAUCCCUGUCGCAGAUCGUGAAGCAGUAUGCACAUUUACGUGGUCUACCGAUAGCCGAUUUUCAGCAAGCCGCACCGCAGAUUCUCAUCGGUUUGAAAGACAUCCACCUGUAUGCGCCGAUAGAAUCACGCAUAGGUCGACCGGACGAGCCAAUAGCGGUCAGAUCGAAGCUUGGCUGGACAGUCUAUGGUCCAACGGACACCGGAGCAUUGGACAGCGCAACCAUCGGGCACCAUUCGUGCAGUGUGUUGUCGAAUCAGGAGCUCCACGACCUUCUUAGGAGCAACUACACAAUGGAAGAAUCGGGGAUUUCAGCCGCGUUGCUGCCUGAAGCAGAGAAAGACAGAAGAGCUAGGGAGAUCAUGGAGAAGACGACUGUGAGAGUGAGAGAUCGUUUUGAGACAGGCCUGCUAUGGGCAGAGGACGACCCCAGUUUUCCCGACAGUUAUCCAAUGGCAGUGAAGCGUCUGCAGUGUAUGGAGAGAAAAAUGCAGAAAGAUCCUGAACUGUACGACAAGGUUCGCAACAUGAUUGCCGACUAUUUGGUGAAGGGUUACGCACACGUAGCCACACCGGCGGAGUUAGCGGAGUUCGACAGUAAUAAGGUGUGGUACAUUCCCCUGAACGUUGUCUACAACCCGAGGAAAAAUAAAUAUCGCUUGGUGUGGGACGCAAGAGCAGAAGUUGGAGGAGUCUCACUGAACUCGAAACUUCUGAAGGGCCCGGACAUGCUAACCGCACUCCCUGCGGUACUCUGCAAGUUCCGUGAACAGAGAAUCGGUUUCGGCGCAGAUAUCAAGGAGAUGUACCACCAGAUGUUGAUGCCGACAGCUGAUAAGCGAGUGCUACGUUUUUUGUUCCGAAAGGAUUCCUCGUCGGCACCGGUGGUGUAUGUCAUGGACGUAGUGAUGUUCGGUGCCACCUGCUCGCCGCCGCUGGCGCAGUUCGUUAAAAACCGGAACGCAAAAGAGUUCGCAAAACAGUUCCCGGAAGCAGCAGAGGCUAUCGUUGAAAACCACUACGUCGACGACUAUUUCGACAGCGCCGAAACUGUUGAAGAAGCAGUGAAGCGGGCGCAAGACGUGCGAUAUGUGCAUUCUAAGGGUGGAUUCGAGCUGCGGAACUGGGUGUCCAACUCAGAAACAUUUCUUGGAGCUAUGGGCGGGCAGAAAACUGGUCAGUGCGUGCGAUUCUGCGAAGAUAAAGAAGCAGAUUACGAGCGAGUGCUGGGAAUCGUGUGGAAUUCGGCCAGCGAUGAAUUCUCGUUCUCUACAAAGCUGAAGGACGAGCUUGUUCCGUAUCUUUCCGGUGAGCGACUACCGACAAAGAGAGUAGUCAUGAGCUGUGUCAUGAGCUUCUUCGACCCGUUAGGAUUGUUGUCCUCCUUCACGUUCUUCGGGAAACUUUUAAUCCAGGACUUGUGGCGAAGUGGCUGCGAUUGGGACCAGCAAAUCGAUCGAGAGUGCACUGAAAAAUGGAAUCAGUGGAUCGCCAGGUUACCCGAAGUAGAGGAAGUUCGGAUUCCUCGCUGGUAUUUUCAAGGUGGGCAGGUCGGUCAAAAAAAAUACAGCAACAUACAGCUGCAUGUCUUUGUUGACGCAAGCGAGAACGCCUACGGUGCCGCGGCGUACUUCCGGAUCGAGACGCCUAGCGGUCCAGUGUGCUCUCUGGUGAUGGCGCGAUCAAAAGUGGCACCGCUGAAGCAUCUGUAA